AUGGAUCCCAUCCGACCGCCAUUUAGGGGCCCUUCUCCUGGCUACCCAUCUCAAUGUGUUCGGAUGCCAGGCUGUUGGCCACAAGCUCCUAAACCUUUGGACUCAGCCCUGGGCAGUGCAGGACCUGCAGGCAGAGGCUAUGUAUUUGGAAAGCCAGAGGAACCAAGCACACAGAAUGGGCCAACGCGAAGGGAAUCUGUGGGUUUGGUCUCCAUGUUUCGAGGCCUGGGUCUCGAGACAGUGUCCCAAACCCCUCUAACACGAGAAGUACCUCCUUUAGGUAGAGGCAUUUUAGGUCGAGGGUUGUCUGCUAAUAUGGGGCGCAGGGACAGAGAAGAACCUCGUCCUGCUUUUCCGGAUCCUUCAGUAUUGGCAGCUGGGGACAGCAAGGUGGCAGAGGCCCUUGUUGGUUGGAAGAGAAUGCUUGGAAGAGGAAGUUCAGAAGCUUCUUUAUUACCAUUAGGAAGAGCAGCUGGGGGUAUAGGCAGAGGAGUGGACAAGCCUCCCAGUGCAUCCAGCCUCACUUUCCGGAAUCACCCGCGGCUGUCAUCACCACCUCUGCCCCAGUCCUCUCUCCACUCUCCAGAUCAUCCUCUGGUCCUGACUGCAGAGCACAAGGAAAAAGAGCUUUUGGUGAAGCAGGGAUCAAAAGGAACACCUCAAUCUUUGGGACUGAACCUCAUCAAAAUACAGUGUCAUAAUGAAGCAGUUUAUCAAUAUCAUGUGACUUUCAGCCCCAAUGUGGAGUGCAAAAGCAUGAGGUUUGGCAUGUUGAAGGACCAUCAAGCUGUCACCGGAAACGUCACUGCUUUUGAUGGAUCUAUUCUCUAUCUGCCUAUCAAGCUUCAACAAGUUCUUGAUUUAAAAAGUCAAAGGAAAACUGAUGGUGCCGCGAUCUGCAUUAAGAUUCAGUUGACAAAGAUCCUGGAGCCCUGUUCUGACUUGUGCAUUCCCUUCUACAAUGUUGUUUUCCGUCGGGUAAUGAAACUUUUAGAUAUGAAGCUUGUGGGGAGAAACUUCUAUGACCCUACAAAUGCUAUGAUACUACAGCAACACAGAUUGCAGAUCUGGCCAGGCUAUGCAGCUAGCAUCCGGAGGACAGAUGGAGGGCUUUUCCUGCUAGCUGAUGUCUCCCAUAAAGUCAUUCGGAACGAUUCUGUGCUGGAUGUCAUGCAUGUCAUGUAUCAGCAGAACAAAGAAAACUUCCAGGAUGAGUGUACAAAGCUUCUGGUUGGCAAUAUUGUUAUCACCCGAUACAACAAUCGUACGUAUCGUAUUGAUGAUGUGGAUUGGAAUAAGACUGCAAAAGAUAGCUUCACAAUGUCUGAUGGGAAGGAGAUCACAUUCUUGGAAUACUACAGCAAAAACUAUGGGAUCACAGUUAAGGAAGAGGACCAGCCACUGCUGAUCCACAGGCCCAGUGAGAGGCAGAAUAACCGUGGGACGCUGCUAAAAGGUGAAAUCCUGCUGCUGCCUGAGCUUUCCUUCAUGACCGGAAUCCCGGAGAAGAUGAAGAAGGACUUCAGAGCCAUGAAGGAUUUGACCCAGCAAAUCAACCUGAGCCCCAAACAGCACCAUGGUGCUUUGGAAUACUUGCUACAGAGAAUUUCAAAGAAUGAGACAGCCAGCAAUGAACUGACACGUUGGGGGCUCAGUCUGCAAAAGGAUGUACAUAAGAUUGAAGGACGUGUUCUACCAAUGGAAAGAAUUAACUUAAGAAAUACUUCAUUUAUCACGUCUCAGGAGCUAAACUGGGUUAAAGAAGUAACCAGAGACCCUUCCAUCUUGACUAUCCCCAUGCAUUUCUGGGCACUCUUUUACCCAAAGAGAGCAAUGGAUCAGGCCCGAGAACUGGUUAACAUGUUAGAGAAGGUAGCUGGUCCCAUUGGCAUGCGCAUGAGCCCGCCCGCCUGGGUUGAACUCAAGGAUGACCGAACAGAGACCUAUGUCAGAACCAUUCAGUCCAAGCUGGGAGUUGAGGGAAAGAUACAGAUGGUUGUUUGCAUCGUCACAGGCACACGAGAUGAUCUCUAUGGGGCCAUCAAGAAGCUGUGCUGUGUGCAGUCCCCAGUGCCCUCCCAGGUCAUCAAUGUUCGAACCAUUGGUCAGCCCACCAGGCUUCGGAGUGUGGCCCAGAAAAUUCUACUUCAGAUUAACUGUAAAUUGGGUGGUGAGCUCUGGGGAGUGGAUAUCCCUCUGAAACAAUUAAUGGUGAUCGGGAUGGAUGUUUACCACGACCCCAGCAGAGGCAUGCGCUCCGUGGUUGGCUUCGUUGCAAGCAUCAAUCUCACCUUCACAAAAUGGUAUUCACGAGUGAUAUUCCAGAUGCCUCACCAGGAGAUUGUGGAUAGCCUGAAGCUGUGCUUGGUGGGCUCCUUAAAAAAGUUUUAUGAGGUGAACCACUGUCUACCAGAGAAGAUCGUGGUGUACCGUGAUGGAGUGUCUGAUGGCCAACUAAAGACAGUUGCCAACUAUGAGAUUCCUCAACUACAGAAAUGUUUUGAAACUUUUGAGAAUUAUCAGCCCAAGAUGGUGGUAUUUGUAGUUCAGAAGAAAGUCAGCACCAGUCUGUACCUGGCUGCCACUGAGCACUUUGUGACUCCUUCCCCUGGGACAGUGGUAGAUCAUACAAUAACGAGUUGUGAGUGGGUGGAUUUCUACCUUGUUGCCCAUCACGUACGGCAGGGCUGUGGCAUUCCUACACAUUAUGUCUGUGUUCUCAACACCGCAAACCUGAGCCCUGAUCACAUGCAGAGGUUGACUUUCAAACUGUGCCACAUGUACUGGAAUUGGCCUGGUACCAUUAGAGUUCCAGCUCCUUGCAAGUAUGCCCACAAGCUAGCUUUCCUGUCAGGACAAAUCUUGCAUCACGAGCCAGCCAUCCAGCUGUGUGAGAACUUGUUCUUCCUGUGA